AUGGAACCUGCAGUGGGCUUGGCUUCCAGGGACUUCGGUGAGAAGUCAAUGACAGUGUGCACAUGGGAGGGACUGAAGCUGGAUCUAGACAAAACAGCUCUCUCUCCCUCUCCUCUGCUCUCCCCCUUCCCUCCCUCACCCUUGUCCUCCUCCUCUGCCUUCUCCACUGUGCUGGGGUCCUCUGGAGAGGCCUGGCCACCCUGCCACCCACCCUUCCCCCUGGUGUCCACCUUCCUGGCACCAAUCCUGGGUGUGGAAUUUGUCCUGGGCCUGGUGGGGAACAGCUUGGCCCUCUUCCUUUUCUGCUUCCACACACAGCCCUAGACGUCCAGCGUGGUGUUCCUGGUCAGCCUGGUCACUGCCGACUUUCUUCUGAUCAUCAACCUGCCCGUCCGCACGGACUACUACUUCCUCCUUGAGACCCUGCACUUUGGGGCCGCUGCCCGCAAGGUCAGCCUCCUCAUGGCCACCAACCACACGGCCAGCGCUGCCUGCCCCACAACCAUCGUGCUCAACCGCUACAGGAAGGUGGUGCCACCCCACGUGCUGAGCCGGGCCUUGGUGGGGGCAGCUGCCCAGGUGACCGGGGGAGGGUCUGGGGGGCAUCCUGCUCCUCAGUGGGCACCUGCUCUGACCACCUAUUCCAGCCCGGCCUGCCUUGGUUACAGGCUGGGCAUGGAGCUCGCCUCACUCCACUGGCACCAGGCGCUGUCCAUGCUGGAAUUCUUCCCAUUGGCACGCACCCUCUCUGCCAUUGUGAGCGUCAGGGUCACCAUCCGCGCUGUGCCUGGGUGGGCAGGGAGGCCCAAGGGAGGCCGUGUGCUUGCGGCCAUGGUGGUGGCAGUCUACACCAUCUGCUCCUUGCCCGGCAUCAUCUUUGGCACAGCUUCGCUGUCCGCCCACCGCUCCCUGGAUGUCGUGGCUCUUCUGCCACUCCCUGGCCUUCACCACCUCAACAGCGCCCUGGGCCCUGCGCUCUACUCCUGCAGCCCCAGAGUCUUCCCCCAGAGCAGGCCUCGCGGGGGCUGGCAGGGCCCACUGCCUGACGAGGGUGCCUUCCAGCCCUCCCCUUGGCGGGCCCUGCUGGAGGCCUCUCAGAAGGGGGAGGCCACAGAGAAGCUGCAGGAGGAGGUCUCACUGGAAAAGGAAGGCCCCUCCCAGGACUGA